AUGGCCGACUCUUUUGACGCCGAGGUGGACCCGACGGGAUCCACCAUGCUUUUGAUCAUGCCCGAGAGCUCCCCGCUUCUUGAGGCCACCGAGUUCUUGGGGUGGACGGCGACCACCGCCGGCUCCGACGGGAUGCCGCGCAAGGCGGCCCCUUGCGCCGCCGCGGCCCCCCUUCUCGCGCGCUGCCGCCAGGGCGCCGCGGGCCAGCAGCACCCGGGCCACCCGCAGUUUCUCGCUCUUUGCCCGUUGACGUUCGCGCUGACCGGCUCAGCCUGGUCGCGAGUGCUGGAGACCCUCGGUGAGGCGGGCCUCUUCGCCGCCCCCCUCCCCUCGAGCGACGACCUCCUGGACGUGCUCGCCGCGAUCGAGAUCGCCGAUCUCUCCCCCCUUGAGAUUGGCCCGGGCGACCUUCUCCCGGUGGAGGGGACCGCCGCCCAAGCCGCCGUCGCAGGCCAAGCGGCGGUGCCGGCGCGCCGGCCCGGGGGCGGGCGGAGCGCCGCCCCUGCGCGCCCUGCGCGAGCGCCGGUGCCGGCGCGCGCGGCUCUGCACGCCGAGGCUGACUUCUUCCUUCACGCCACCGUGGGGCUACUGGAAGACCCGGGCGCGACCCUCCCGUGGAAACGCCUCGUCUCGGUCCUGCGCCUGCUUGGGGCGUGCCACCGGCAAGAUAGGCGCAACUUGGCCAGCGGGGAUGUCCGCUCUGCCGGACGCCUCCUCCGCCCAGCUAUCGCGACGCGCUUCUCCCUGUUGGAACCGGGCCAGAGCAUGGACAACUCUGUCCUCGCGCAACACCUGGGAGAGUACUUGGACGAGCUCGGCGGCGGGCUGCCGGCGGCGCUUCGCGACGACCCCCUUACGCCUCGCCUUUGCCUCGACGCUCUGCGCGACGCGCUCGCCUACCGCGAGGGCGGGGAGAAGGCGCGGCUCGUCGAGGAGCGCCGCUACCACCAUGCGGCCCCGCUGGCCCCGAACCUCUUCAGGCUUUUCCUCUCCCCACGGCCUUCGGGGGAGGAGGCGCUCGAGCGAGUCAGCAACAUCACUGCCCUCCUUCUGCCGGGGGGCGGGACCGGCAGGGCUCGCGUCCCCUUCCACGUGUCCGCCACGCGCGCUGAGCAGGCCCUGAUCCCGAAGCUGGCCCUGCUGGAGGCGGAAGCCUACCUCCUUGUCUUUGCGCCCACGCUCCUCCGCGCGCUGAAGGCGAACCGCAAUGCGUACGUGGUUCUGCGCACGGACGCCCUCACGACCGCGCGCACGCUGCCGGCGGAGUCACAGAAGAACCCCCUGAUGGUCUCGGCCUACCAGUGGCUACUCGCCCAGCCCUGGUACCAGGAGCUCGCGCCGCGCGUCAUCGUGGCGCAUCUCUACGGGGACGCCAACCCCCUCGCUGACUGCGUCUCGCGAGCGCGAUGGACGGAGUUCGCAACGCGCUGCCGGCAGGGGAGUUUGCUCAGAUUGCGCACUCUUGUAGAGCGUGCGGUCGACGCAGGUGCUCACUUGGGCCGCAACUUCGUGACGGGCAUGACGUACGACAUGAGUGGUGCCGAGGUUCCGUAUGUCAAGACAUCUCUCAAGGGCCUCGUUCAAGAGUUGCAUAGCCACGCGCGCAUGCACGCUGGCUCGGCGGUGGACCUUCGUCCGUUGUUCCGCACGGUGUGCGAGACUGUUGCCAAGACGCUGUCUUCAGAGAACGCAAGGCGCGCUAUGGCCCUAGACGACAAGCUGAUGCAGGAGGGUUGGGCAUGCCUUGAUCCAGACUACGCGGCGGAUCUGCAGAUGAUGGCAAUGACAGGUUUUGGAGAGCUAACAUGCGUGCGGUCUGUCAGUUGCCGCUGA